GUCUGUACUUUCAAUGUACGUACGCUAGCAUCAGAUGCAUCCAUUGAGGACCUGAUGGUACAAGAGCGAAUGAUCAAGUAUGACAUCAUUGGUCUGACCGAGACUAGAAGGCACAAAUCUCACCAUGCCGUUUUCGACACUGGAGAAGAACUGUUCCUCGGAACAUGCGAUAAAAGAGGUGUCGGAGGCGUCGGUGUCCUUGUCAACACAAACUUGGCCAUGAGCAUUGAUUCAUUCGAAUGCCUAACAAACCGAAUCGGACGUUUAUAUUUGAAUAGAUGUGGCUCACUGCCUGCAGUUUCUAUCUUCGUUGUCUAUGCAACAACAUCUCAUUAUGAUGAAAGAGAAAUCGAGAAGUUCUACACGGAGCUGGAGAAGUUCUAUAAAGAAGACCACACCUUCUACAAGAUCAUUGUGGGUGAUUUUAAUGCCAAGAUAGGACCGAGAAGAUCAGCUGAAGAACUUCACAUCAGGACCCAUGGCCUAGAAUGGAACGAACAGGGUGAGAGACUGUCUGAGUUCAUCAUGUUGACCAAGACCAUCCAUGGUAACUCACAGUUCCAGAAGGCAGAAUCUAAACGUUGGACAUGGGAGUCUCCUGGUGGACGAUUCCACAACGAAAUAGACCACAUCAUAUUCAAUCGACAGUUUUGCCUGACUGAUGUCGCUGUUGUCCCAAAAUUUCGAACGGGAUCGGACCACCGUCUCCUUCGUGCAAAAUUCUACUUCACAGAGCGGGGAGAAAGGGCUGCAAAGUUCAAAAAGAGAACUGCCAGAACGACCACCAACUGGGAACUCUUUGGCACUAUUGUGGCAACAUGGGAAGACGCCAUUGUUGACAACAUUGACAAGGAAUACGAUCGACUGGUACAGCACCUCCAUGAAUGUGCGAGGAACGCCAAGAGAGAGACAGCCACAAAAAAACGCCUGUCUACGAAAACUCUUGAGCUAAUUCUCCAGAGUGGUUUGGCUCAUGCCUCAGGCAACUGCAAGCUAACAUCCGAGCUCGCAAAGCAGUGCAGAGAUGCGAUCAAGGAAGACUUCAAAGAGAGAAGAGCGGAAGUGCUGGUAGAUGCGGCAGAAGCUGGGAAAAGUAUUCGUCGUAACGCCCGCCUGUCCUUCACCAACUACAAGACCAAGAUGACUGCCCUCCGAGUCCUGAUGGAUCCAUCACAUCCUCCAGAACGGCAAUGGAGAAGAUUAUCCAUGACUUCUACUCAAAUCUCUUCGAUAGCCAUGUCCGAAAGGAAGAAGCAUGAAAAUGUGUUCAUUUACCACAGGAAGCAUGACGGUGGGCCUAAAGGAAACCGAGGUCAGAAAGAGCCCAAGGCGUUCAAAGAUGCUUCCAAUGCAGAAGCCCAGGCUGGAUCCCUGGAACCCAACAUUCCCAAGCACCACCAGGUGUGA